GCUAGCGCCUGCUCGACACAGGCAUCCCACAUGCUCAUCCCUGAGAAACUGAAAGUCCAACGCUCACCUAAAAUAAAAAGCGCGAACUGGUCACGGCACUAAAAUUAGGAUCUUCCAACGUUUCUUCUUUUUCGACAUCCUUUGCCGCCGCCAUUUCCCGCUCCCGCUCCCGUCGCUGUUCUGGCGCCACCGGCAGGUGCCUCUAGCUUUCUCUAUCGUUCGUAGACCGAGUUUUCGGCGAAGAUUGUAAGACUUUCCGUAGUCUAUCAAUCUCGCUUCAAGUUCGUGGAUUCAAUAGUAUUACCGAAGGAAAUAACUGAUGCGUUGGGUUGUUUUAUGUGCUAGUAAUAUUUGGCUGCAUUAUUUAGGGACUGUUCUUGUGGCAUUUCCUUUCAAAGGUUCAAACCUCAGUUCACGCAGCUAUGGAAAUUUGAUUUGAGGCAACUGGGGAUGAGCAUGUGGGAUGCUUAUGUCGAGCAGGCGCUUGCGCAGCGAGGGUUGCUCCAAUUGCUCAGGUCUUUGAGACCCAUUACGCCAUCACUCGAGAAACUAAAUUCCGUUGACGACGAAUCUCCCAUGGAAGCGAAAGAAGAUGGUGAAUUCAAGGUGUUCGAUGAAAUGCAGCCAUGGGAUAGGAACUCUGUGGAGGUUGAAAUUUCAGAAUCCACUGUCCAGAAGCGGCUUCUUGAUAUUCCCAGUUCCGGUAUGCUUCCUUGCUUUUAUUAUGUGGGAAUGAAUGCAUUAGAACUUGAAUGCCAUUUUGCAUAUUUGAUAUUGUUGACAUUGUCAGCGCAGUGAGAAUCAAUAGACUACAAAUCCCUUUCUUGAGAGGACAUUGAGCCAAAAAACCUUUCGCUAUUGCUCUAGACAUAGCAUAAUAUUCAACUUUAGUGAAGGAUUUCUUUUGAUAUUUUCUCCAUUUCAAUUUUGACCCAGUUCGUUCUCUAGAACUUCCGACCUCAUCGAGACUCUACCUCUUUCUGAAAGUAGGAAAGGAGAUGAGAUAGAGAAAGCGUUUUUAACCUAACCCCACUUUAUUGCAUCUAAUAAUUUUUCGGAUCUUGUCAAUUUGAACAUAGUUCAAUGGGAUAAUGCACGAAUUACCCUCUCAAUUGUUGAUGAUUUGAUCUCAUUCUAUGUUUGUUGAAUCCAACAACCUGAUUCAUUUUCAAGACCUCGUGCAUUGGUGGUAAACUAGCCGUGAAUGGACUCAGGCCAUUACACGCAUGGACGGCACAACUGAUUCAAUUACUUAAAAAGAGGAAUCUGGUUUCCAAUGAUUCUUAGAGCUAACACUGUCAUUUUCCCCAAAGACGUUGAAGCUGCCGGCGAUGAUACCCAUUUGGCUGAGUUUUCGCUUUCAACAAAGCCAAAAGGGUCCUCUAAUUUGUUCUUAAGACCUCCUUUUCCACUAAAACCAGUCUCCAUUACCAUUGCUCAUUCGAGAUCCAAGGAACAAAUUUCAGAAGCUUUUCUCAAGAAAAAAAAUGGGAACUCCCACCAAUGGCAGCAAAACCAGAUGGAUGAUGGGUCUGCAUUUAAAGGGUCGAAAGGAAAGCGACAAUGAAGAUCUUCAUCUGUUCCGGGAGCUGCAUAAGCGUGGCAAGGAACGCACUGCCUGCUUUCUUCUUCCCGUCCAUGACCUUGAACACAGCAAUGGUGGGAAUUCUCAGUUCUACAGAAUUCAACCAAUCAGAAAAGAGUCUGAAUUUGAACUCCUUUCUGAGGGCAACAAAAACGAUUAUGAUUGGCUUAAAACACCACCUGCAACUCCUUUGUUCCCAUCUUUGGAAAUGGAAGCCAUUGCUCCACAUAUGAAAGCUCAGAAAGAGACCAGAUUUCUCCAGCUUCUCUCACAGCCACAGUCUCAGGCUUCUAACAAUUCAGAAUCAACCAAGAGAAGCAAUGGAAUUGAGAAAUCUCCCACUACAAAUCCAAGAAUACCAUCCAGAUCCAUCACUCCCAGUUAUAAACCACGCAUCAAUUCAUCAACUGAACCCAAAAACACCCAAAGAAUCACAAACCCAAACCAGAGAAUCUCUCAGGCAUCAUCAACAGACCCCACAAUCAAAAGAAACAACAAUAAAACGAAAUCCACAAAUCUUAAAGAAAGCUACACAGAUUAUCUAACAUCAAACCUCUCCAAGCCAAAGGCAAAGUCAAAUCCAAACCCAAAUCCAAGAAGUAGAACGACAUCUCCAAUUGUGAGAUCGACAAUAGCAUCUCAAAUUCCAGACUUCUCCAACGAAACACCUCCGAAUCUGAGGACCGAUCGGUCGAGCUCGGUGACGAGAGGGCGGCAGGUAGGAACUGAGCAGAAACCAGAGACGAUCAACAUCAACUCCAGAAGGCAAUCGUGCUCGCCAAGUGUGACGAGGGGGCGCAAAGUGGAGGUGAAACAAGAGAUUAACAGGGGCGGAAACUUGAGUAAUGAUCAGAGAAGAACUGAAUCUACAAACAUUAUUGGAAGUCGAAUGGUGGAGAGAGUGAUGAAUGCCAGAAAAGGAAAUAAAAAUGCUUCAAAACUCUGUGUUUAGUAAAUUUUGUUAACUUAAUAUCAUGCUAAUCUAAGAGGAUUCGAAAUCUGGAUUCAAUAUUUGACGGCUUGAUAUCUGUGAAUUAUUGGGCCGAGCUGGAUUUGAACCCUACACCCCUCGAGACAAGGCCAUGAUACCUACUUUUCUUGAAUUACUCUAAGAGUGAAGAAUAUCUCUACUGAUCAA